CUCCCGCGACAAGGCCCUCCCCCUCUCCAAGCUGGAUUAGGCUGUACCUUUUUUCUUUUCUUCAGGGGUGAGGGCUUUACUCCCUGCUUCUCUGCCCAGAUCUCCACUAAACAAAGGAGCUCUGGGCACAUCACCGGCUCCAGGACAACAAGGCUCAGAAGGGGCCCUCGGUGUUUGCUGCCAGAGUCCUUCCUCCACCAGCAACUGGAAGAGGCUUUCAGGGCAGCAGAGGGAACCAAAGACUCGGUGCCAUCAUGGGGGUGUUGUGGCUGGCCAAGUUCAUGCUGGGAUGUUCAGCGUUGUUGUACAUGGAGCAAGCCCAGGGCCAAUAUGAAGGAGACUUGCAGGCAGAGAGAUUUGCCGGCUAUGAGGAAAGGCAGCCAGCAAACCGCGUGCGGAGAAGAGGCCAAGACACUUUACGAGGACCUAACGUUUGUGGCUCGAGGUUCCACUCUUACUGCUGCCCUGGAUGGAAAACGCUGCCAGGAGGAAAUCAGUGCAUUGUUCCAAUUUGCCGGAACUCUUGUGGCGAAGGGUUUUGUUCCCGGCCCAACAUGUGCACGUGCUCCAACGGGCAGCUGUCCCCCAACUGUGGCUCCGGAGGAGUCCAGUCCUGCAAUGUCCGGUGCAUGAACGGGGGCAGCUGCAAUGAGGAAUCCUGCCUCUGCCAGAAAGGAUACACUGGAGGGCCUGAUGUCACGCGAAGAAGCAGCGUCCCGGUUGGCCUGGCGCAGGGAUUUGCAGCUUGCCAGGGAGACGGGGCCUCUGAUCCCAUUUUCUUGCCUCCCUCCACAGUCCAGUCCUGCAAUGUCCGGUGCAUGAACGGGGGCAGCUGCAAUGAGGAAUCCUGCCUCUGCCAGAAAGGAUACACUGGAACUUACUGUGGGCAGCCUGUCUGUGAAAAUGGCUGCCAGAACGGAGGUCGGUGCAUUGGACCAAACCGCUGUGCUUGUGUCUACGGGUUCACUGGGCCCCAGUGUGAGAGGGACUAUCGCACCGGCCCCUGCUUCAGCCAAGUCAACAACCAGAUGUGCCAGGGCCAGCUCAGCGGCAUCGUCUGCACCAAGACCAUGUGCUGCGCCACCAUUGGCCGGGAAUGGCCCUGCCGCCGGGGCUUCAUCCCCAACGUGCGCACCGGGGCCUGCCAAGACGUGGACGAAUGCCAGGCCAUCCCCGGCCUCUGCCAGGGUGGGAACUGCAUCAACACCGUGGGCUCCUACGAGUGCAAGUGUCCCGCGGGGCACAGGCAGAGUGAGACCAGCCACAAGUGUGACGAUGUGGACGAGUGCGCCGCGCUCUCCGGAGUGUGCGACGGCGGCGAGUGCACCAACACGGCAGGCAGCUACGUGUGCACGUGCCCGCGCGGCUUCAUGACCAGCCCCGACGGCGCCCGCUGCAUGGACCAGCGGAUUGGCACGUGUUUCUCGGCGCUGAUCGGCGGGCGCUGCGCCGGGGAGCUCCUGGGCCAGUACACCAAGAUGCAGUGCUGCUGCGACUCCGGGCGCUGCUGGGCCAUCGGGCAGACCCCCGAAAUGUGCCCCGUCAGGGGAUCCGAUGAGUACCGCAGGCUCUGCACUGAAGGGCUCCCGGCCAUGCCAGGCUUCUCCGGCACCUUCCCCGGCGUUCCUGGGUUUGGGCCGAACGGAGUCGGGCCGGGAAUCAGCGGACCCGGAGGCAUUGGACCCAAUGGGGCAAACGGCCAAGGCGGGAUCCCGGGGCUGCCUGGGAUGGGCCCUGGAAGUUCCAGCAUCGGUAACAUUGACGAGUGCAUCAUGAACGGCGUGAUGUGCAGGAAUGGCCGCUGCGUGAACACUGAUGGCAGCUUCCAGUGCAUCUGCAACGCAGGCUUUGAAAUCACCCCCGACAGCAAGAACUGCGUGGAUCACGACGAAUGCGCCACGACCAACAUGUGCCUCAACGGGAUGUGCAUCAAUGAAGACGGCAGCUUCAAAUAUCACGACGAAUGCGCCACGACCAACAUGUGCCUCAACGGGAUGUGCAUCAAUGAAGACGGCAGCUUCAAAUGCAUCUGCAAACCCGGCUUCGUGCUGGCUCCCAACGGGCGCUACUGCUGUGGAAUUAACACGGGGGGCUCCUUCCGCUGCGAGUGCCUGGGCGGGCUGGCCAUCGGCGUGGACGGGCGGGUGUGCGUGGACACCCACGUGCGCAGCACCUGCUACGGCGCCAUCAAAAAGGGCACCUGCGCCCGCCCCUUCCCGGGCGCGGUCACCAAGUCGGAAUGCUGCUGCGCCAACGCCGACCACGGCUUCGGGGAGCCCUGCCAGCCCUGCCCCGCCAAGGCCUCGGCCGAGUUCCAGGCGCUCUGCAGCAGCGGCAUCGGGAUCACGGCCGACGGCAGAGACAUCAACGAGUGCACCUCCAACCCCUGCGUGAACGGGGUCUGCAGGAACAACGCCGGGUCCUUCGCCUGCGAGUGCUCCCCGGGCAGCAAACUGGACCCCAGCGGCACCAUCUGCGUGGGUAAGGGGGCUCCUGGAGGCGGCGUGUGGGGCGUGGGGGCAGGAACAACGCCGGGUCCUUCGCCUGCGAGUGCUCCCCGGGCAGCAAACUGGACCCCAGCGGCACCAUCUGCGUGGCUACAGGGCUCCAGCCCGCUCGCUGCCUCUGUUAAAGUGGCCACCCCUGGCUCCCCCUUAGGCCCUGUGUCUCCUUCUGCAGAUGUGAAUGAGUGCGAGGUCUUCCCUGGCGUCUGCCCCAACGGGCGCUGUGUGAACUCGGCCGGCUCCUUCCGCUGCGAGUGCCCAGAGGGGCUCACCCUGGAUGGGACCGGCAGGACGUGUGUGGAUGUGCGUGCAGAGCAGUGCUACAUCAAGUGGGAGGAGGACGAGUGCACCGCGCCCCUGCCCGGGAAGUACCGGAUCGACAUGUGCUGCUGCUCCGUGGGCUCAGCCUGGGGCAGGGACUGCGAGGAAUGCCCCCGAGCCGGCAGCCCCGAGUACAAGGCCAUCUGCCCCCGGGGCCCCGGCUUUGCCAACAGAGGGGACGUGCUCUCGGGCAGGCCCUUCUACAAAGGUGAGUGCCCAGGGCGCGAGUGGCCCUCCCCGGCUGCAGCCAGCGCCCGGGGAGCAGGAGAUUUCCCCGGCUGCAACAUCGACGAGUGCGAGCGGGACCCGCUGCUGUGCCGCGGAGGGAUCUGUGUCAACACCGAGGGCAGCUUCGAGUGGCUGACAGGGGAAGGCAAUGCCUGCGUGGCCUUGUUUCCUGCAGACGUGAACGAGUGUGACCUGAACCCCAACAUCUGCCUGCACGGCGAGUGCGAGAACACCAAGGGCUCUUUCAUCUGCCACUGCCAGCUCGGCUACUUCGUCCGCAAGGGCACCACGGGCUGCACAGAUAUUGACGAGUGUGAGAUCGGGGCUCACAACUGCGACGCGCACGCCUCCUGCAUCAACGUGCCCGGAAGCUUCAAGUGCAAGUGCCGCACUGGCUGGCUCGGGGACGGGCUCAAAUGCAACGACCUGGAUGAAUGUGCCACUGAGGAGCACAAGUGCAACCUGAACGCCAACUGUGUGAACACGCCCGGCUCCUAUCGCUGCGCCUGCCGCGAGGGCUUCUCUGGCGACGGUUCCUCCUGCCCAGACGUGAACGAGUGCGCGGACCCGGUGAACUGCAUCAACGGGCUGUGUGUGAACACGCCGGGCAGCUACCUGUGCAACUGCCCCCAGGACUUCGAGCUGAACCCCACCGGAGUGGGGUGUGUGGGUUUCUCCCGGGAGCCGCGGAGCCGGACUCGCCUAGCCGAGUACAAGACCCUGUGCCCCGGAGGAGAAGGCUUCAGGCCCAACCCCAUCACCGUCAUCCUGGAGGAUAUCGACGAGUGCCAGGAGCUGCCCGGCCUCUGCCAGGGAGGCAACUGUGUGAACACGUUCGGCAGCUUCCAGUGCGAGUGCCCACUGGGCUACUACCUCAACGAGGACACGCGCAUCUGUGAAGGACACCAGAGUCUCGCACACCCUGCACGGUCAGUCAGUGGUUUCUUUCUCCCUGCAGACAUUGAUGAGUGCAGCAGCGGGGAGAACCUCUGCCAGCGUAAUGCCGAUUGCAUCAACAUCCCGGGCAGUUACAGGUGCGAAUGCUCAACCGGAUACAAGCUGUCACCUAGCGGAGCCUGCGUGGGUCGCAAUGAAUGCCAGGAAAUCCCCAACGUCUGCAGCCACGGGGACUGUGUGGACACCGUGGGCAGCUACAUCUGCAUCUGCCACAACGGGUUCAAGGCCACAGGAGAGCAGACCAUGUGCAUGGAUAUAGACGAAUGCGACCGGCAGCCCUGUGGGAACGGCACCUGCAAGAAUACAGUCGGCUCCUACAACUGCCUCUGCUUCCCAGGCUUUGAGCUGACGCACAAUAAUGACUGCAUGGACAUUGACGAGUGCUCGUCCCUGGGGGGGCAGGUGUGCCGGAACGGCCAGUGUAUAAACAGCAUCGGCUCCUUCCAGUGCCUGUGCCAGGAGGGGUACGACCUGAGCCUGGAUGGGAAGAACUGUGUGGACAUCAACGAGUGUGUGAGCCUGCCGGGUACCUGCUUCCCGGGCACGUGUCAGAACCUGGAAGGCUCUUUCCGCUGCAUCUGCCCCCCGGGCUACGAAGUGCAGAAUGACAACUGCAUCGAUAUCAACGAGUGUGAGGAGGAGCCCAACAUCUGCCUCUUCGGCACCUGCACCAACACCCCCGGCAGCUUCCAGUGCAUCUGCCCCCCGGGCUUCGUUCUGUCGGACAACGGCCGCAGGUGCUUCGACACCCGACAGAGCUUCUGCUUUACCCGCUUCGACAACGGCAAGUGCUCCGUCCCCAAGGCCUUCAACACCACCAAGGCCCGGUGCUGCUGCAGCAAGAUGCCUGGAGAGGGCUGGGGGGACCCCUGCGAGCUGUGCCCCCAGGAGGGGAACGUUGCCUUCCAGGAGCUGUGCCCGUACGGCCACGGGGCCAUCCCCGGCCCAGGCGAUACCCGCGAAGGUGAGCUCCCGCUGCAGGACACAGCAUGGCCCCUGCCAGUGGUGGAGAGGGCCAGGGUGGGGUGCUGGGCCAAGGUCUCCGACCAAGCUAGUUUGGACAGUCAGUGGGCUCGUUUGCUGAGGGGCUCAUUGGCCGAGGGGCUUGUUCCCUACAGAGCUCGUUCCCUGAGGGGCUCGUUUUCUGAGGAGCUCGUUGGCCGCGGGGCUCACUCCCCCGGGCUCAUUCUCUGCGGGUUGCUUGCAGAUCUGGAUGAGUGCACUGAAGGCCUCCAUGACUGCGAGUCUCGAGGGAUGAUGUGCAAGAACCUCAUUGGUACCUUCAUGUGCAUCUGCCCCCCGGGGAUGCAGCGCCGGCCGGAUGGAGAGGGCUGUACAGACGAGAACGAGUGCCGCACCAAGCCGGGCAUCUGCCCCAACGGCCGGUGUGACUGCAACGAAGGCUUCCAAGCCAGCACCUCAGGCACCGAAUGCAUCGACACCCGCCAGGGAUUCUGUUUCACUGAAGUGCUGCAGACCAUGUGCCAGAUGUCCUCCACCAACCGCAACCCCGUCACCAAGUCGGAGUGCUGCUGCAACGGCGCCCGCGGCUGGGGCACGCAGUGUGAGCUCUGCCCGCUCCCGGGAACCACUCAGCACAAAAAGAUGUGUCCCCACGGGACCGGGUACACCACCGACGGGCGAGACAUCGACGAGUGCAAAGUGCUGCCCAGCCUCUGCCAAAACGGACAGUGCGUCAACAGCAUCGGCUCCUUCCGCUGCCACUGCAAGCCAGGCUACAGCGCCGACCUCACGGGCACCGCCUGCCUGGACCUGGACGAGUGCAGCCAGUCGCCUAAGCCCUGCAACUUCAUCUGCAAGAACACGGAGGGCAGCUACCAGUGCUCCUGCCCCCGGGGGUACGUCCUGCAGGAGGACGGCAAGACCUGCAAAGGUACCGGCCCCAACAGGGGAGGGCAGCAGCUGCGCAGCCGUGGCUGGGGCCCUGGCCCCCAAUCCCUGCUGACACGCAGCCCCCCCGAGGCCUGCUAUGAGUGCAAGAUAAACGGCUACCCCAAGCGGGGCCGGCAGCGCCGCAGCGUCAACGGGACGGAGGGGCACCAGGAGCCUCCUCCCAGCGUGAGUCUGGCCAGCCUGGACCUCGACGCCCCCCUGCCCAUGCGCCUGAACCUCUCGGGCCUGGCCCCCAAGGAGCACAUCCUGGAGCUGCUGCCGGCCGUGGCGCCGCUGGAGAACCACGUGCGCUACGUGAUCGCUCACGGCAACGAGGACGGCUACUUCCGCAUCCACCAGGCCGAGGGACUCAGCUACCUGCACCUCGCCCGCAAGAAGGUGGCGCCGGGCACCUACCUGCUGGAGAUCGCGACGCUCGGCAAACGCCACAAGCUGGAUUCUGCAAGAGGACCAGACCUCAUGGCACGGCAGGUGGCCUCUUUCUGUUUUGUUUUGUCUUUUUAA